CCACGUGAACGGUUGUCUAUUAACUUGUACCAAAAGUAUCUGGAGUUGUCAAGGCUCCGCGUGGAAAAAGGGGGCAAAAAAACCUCAAUUUUGUUGAUUCUUUUUGAAGACUUGAGAAGUUUGUGGGCAAAACAGGACAGGAGGAAAAGGGGGAAAGACGAAGGGGAAACAGCAGAGAAACUCACCCCAGCGCGCGCGGGCUGAAGGGGGGACUCCAGCAGCAGCAGCACAACCGACCGCUUGGACUUGGGUUUGUUGUUGGUGUGUUUUUUGUUUUUGUUUUUUUUUUUUUUUUUUUCUUUUGCUACUUUCUUGAACUUCUGCUGCUUCUUCUUCUUCUUCUUGGCCGAGGGAAGGCUUUCUGACACCGCCGUGUAAAUGUAUAGCAUGAUGGAGACCGAGCUGAAGCCCCCGGCCCCUCAGCCCAACGCUGGGGCCACGGGGAACGGCAACAACCCCGGGGGCAACAACCAGAAGAGCACCCCGGAGAGGGUCAAGAGACCCAUGAACGCCUUCAUGGUGUGGUCCCGGGGCCAGCGCAGGAAGAUGGCCCAGGAGAACCCCAAAAUGCACAACUCGGAGAUCAGCAAGAGGCUGGGGGCCGAGUGGAAGCUGCUGUCCGAGUCCGAGAAGAGACCCUUCAUCGACGAGGCCAAGAGGCUGCGCGCCUUGCACAUGAAGGAGCACCCGGAUUACAAGUACCGGCCGCGCAGGAAAACCAAGACGCUGAUGAAGAAGGACAAGUACGCGCUGCCCGGCGGGCUCCUGGCGCCCGGAGGCGGCGGCGUCGGCGGCGUCGGGGUGGGCGUCGGAGUCGGAGUCGGCGUCGGGGUCGGGGUCGGCUCCGGCGUCGGGGCCGGCAUGAACCAGCGGAUGGACGGCUACGCGCACAUGAACGGCUGGAGCAACGGCGGCUACGGCAUGAUGCAGGACCAGCUGGGCUACGCGCAGCACGCCGGCCUCAACGCGCCCAUGCAGACCACGGCCACGGCGCCCGUGCACCGGUACGACAUGAGCGCGCUCCAGUACGGCUCCAUGACGAGCGCGCAGACGUACAUGAACGGCUCGCCCACGUACAGCAGCAUGGCGUACUCGCAGCAGCAGAGCGGACCCCCCAUGAGCCUGCACGGCUCCAUGAGCUCGGGGGUGAAGUCCGAGUCCAGCGCGAGUCCCCCGGCCGUGGUCACCUCCAGCUCGCACUCGCGCGCCGCCGCAGCGCAGCCGUGCCAGACAGGCGAUCUGAGGGACAUGAUCAGCAUGUACCUUCCCGGGGCGGAGGUGCAGGAGCAAACGGGCCAAAGCAGACUGCACCUGUCCCAGCACUACCAGGGCGCACCUGUGCACGGGACGACCAUCAACGGCACGCUGCCCUUAACGCACAUGUAGACGUGGACACUUUGGACGCAUUGCGCAAAACACUUGGACUGGACUACUACCGCUAUUAUUAUUAUUAUAAUUAUUAUAAUUAUUAUUAUUAUUAUUUUUGUACAGAACGUUUCUUUCUUUUUUCUUUUUUUGGUGAGGGAAAACUUGUACAGGACUCGAGGAAUGAACACAGAACACAGCCACCCUCCCUCCCCCACCUUUUUUUUGCUUUCUAUUUUAAAGAAAGACGCUGAACGGCUCCUCCGUUCGCUUCUUUUGCCUGUAAAGCUGCGCUCUGGUGGGGCUGAGAAACCAAGAAAAAGUCUGAAGACCCACAACCAGUGCACGUGCCUGUAAGCUGUAAAGGGGAAAACCAGGAGAAACACCUGAACAUCUCCGGCACUGUGGAGCUAACUGGUGGGAACCAACAUGAAAAUUAUUAGAAGAAAACAGGCCUGAAAAGGGAAAAAAGGAAUGGGGGUAAAUUCCAGUGGAACCGAGAUGGGUUAAAUUCCAGAUCAUUUCAUCUCAACUUUGAAAUGCAGUGGGGAACCUUCAGGACCUUCUAGGCCCUCGGAGAAGACCUAACGAUUUAAAAGAACUAACAAGAAAACAUCUGCACUUAUUAGGUCAUCAAGUUUUGAUUUACAGGGGGACCAAUUUCAUGAGAAAAAACAUUCUUCUGGAAGUUCUAGACUACUGCUUAGUGAUUUAAGCAGGUUUGGGUCAGUUGUUAGGAAUGGAAAACAGCGGCAGCAGCUCUAUGUCAGAACUCUUUACUGAAAGAGUCACUGUAACACUGAUACAUACAAGCUCAGAUACAUGUUAAUGUCUGUAAGAAGAUUCAAAUAAAAUAUAUGG